AUGGCUCCCCCUACACAAGCUCAUCUCUCAGAAGUAUUCGCAGCAGUGGGCUGGACUGGCGUCGCCUGGAUAGCCGCUGUUCUCUUUGUCGUCUAUCAAAUCACACAGACAAUUCGAACUUGGCGACGACUCGGCCACGUCCCAGCUCCCUCCUGGCUGGCAAACAUCUCCUACUUCUGGAUCGCAAAGUACACAUACUCUGGCCGUCAGUACUGGGUUCAUCGCGAGUUACACGAGAAGCAUGGGCCACUGAUUCGAAUCGGGCCAAACGAGGUGGUCACAAACGACCCUCAGGUAUUGAAGAAGAUCUCUGGUACAGACAACCGCUGGGCCCGAGAUCCCUUCUACAAGACUGGCAAAUUCAACCCAUACCACGAAAACCUCUUCAGUCGACUCGACCCAAAGGAGCACCGGCAGGCCAAGUCGCGCACCAUUGCGGCGUACAGCGGCCGUGAAACUCCCGAUUUGGAAGUUGGCGUCGAUGACCUGGUGAAGACGCUGAUCAACAAGAUUGGCACCAAGUAUGCAUCUCCAUCCACUAAUGUCAGAACACCACUUUUAGAUCUUGGGAAGGCGAGCUGUUACUUCACUCUGGAUGUCAUCACGAGACUUGCGUUCGGUAAGGAGUUUGGUUACCUCAGCGAGGAAAAGGAUCAUUACAACUUCCUGGGCAGUCUUCAUGAUCUCUGGCCUCAAAUGUCUACUUGUGCCGAUGUUCCAUGGAUCAGGAAAUUCUUGUUCUCGCCGGCCUUUUUGGCGUUGUUCGGACCAAAGCCCACUGACAGGGCUGGAUUUGGGGCGCUGAUGGGGGUGGCAGCACAUUACGUUGGCCAACGAUUUGCUCCAGAUGCAAAGCCGAAACAAGACAUGCUGGGCUCCAUGAUGAAGCACGGCCUUAACCAGACAGAGUGCGAGACAGAGGGCUUGUUCAUGAUCAUUGCCGGGACUGAAAGCACCGCCUCUGCCAUUCGCUCUGCUUUGAUCCAUACCAUGACUACGCCACAGGUUUACCACAAGCUCAAGCAAGAGAUCCGACUCGCCGAGCAGGAGGGCAGAGUGUCGAAUCCGAUCAAGAUCCAAGAGGCGAAGCAGCUACCCUAUCUGCAGGGGGAGGCCGUCGUAUAUGAGUCGCUCAGAAUGCGACCACCUCUCAUCGGCUUCUUUCCCAAGGUCGUGCCGGAAGGCGGCGAGAACAUCCUUGGCUACGAAAUCCCAGCAGGGACUGCAAUUGGCGUCAACAUGUCUGCGAUGCUGCGUUCGAAAGAGCUUUUCGGCGCAGACGCAGACAUGUUCCGACCCGAACGCUUCAUGGAACUUGACGAAACAAGACGCAAGCAGAUGGAACGAGACGCCGAGCUUGCUUUUGGCAAUGGGCAGUGGAUGUGUGUUGGUAAAACGAUUGCCUUCAUGGAGAUCAAUAAGAGUGUCUUCGAGAUGUUCCGCAACUUCGACUUGCAAUUGGCGCAGCCUUACGCUCCUAGUGAGAUCAUGACAUACGGAACCUUUUUGGAAGACAACUUGAUGGUCAGAGUUUCUAGAACUAGCGAUGCUGCUGCGGCGUAG